CACACACACACACACACACACACACACACACACACACACACACACACACACUCCUUUAGCACCCCCCAUAUCGAGACCCCGAACCCCCCCUCAACAUACACCUCGUGGUGUGACAUUGUGAAAGCACACAUGGCUGCUGCCGUCACCAAAUGUAAUCCCUUUCUGUGUGUGUGUGUGUUGAAACAGUUCUAUGUGCUGUGCAGUUUGCAGCCUAGAGUAAGAGUAAGCUCUGAUUAGUAGGUCAAACAUAACGCUGAUCUUCCUUGCUCUGCCUCUCUCUCUCUCUCCCCCUGCCUCUCUCUCUCUCCCCCUGCAUCUCUCUCUCUCCCCCUGCCUCUCUCUCUCUGCCUGCCCCUGCCUCUCUUUCUGUCUGCCUGUCUCUCUCUCUCUCCCCCUGACUGUCUCUCUUUUCCUCUGCCUCCCCCUGCCUGUCUCUGCCUCCCCCUGCCUGUCUCUGCCCCUGCCUCUGUAACGGAUGUGAAAUGGCUAGCUAGUUAGCGGGUACGCGCUAGUAGCAUUUCAAUCAGUUACGUCACUUGUUCUGAAACCUAGAAGUAGGUUUGCACCUUGCUCUGCAAGGGCCGCGGCUUUUGUGGAGCGAUGGGUAACGAUGCUUCGUGGGCGACCGUUGCUGAUGUGUGCAGAGGGUCCCUGGUUCGCGCCCGGGUCGGGGCGAGGGGAUGGUUUAAAGUUAUACUGUUACAUUGAUGCUGUUGACCCGGAUCACUGGUUGCUGCGGAAAAGGAGGAGGUUGAAAGGGGAGUGAGUGUAACGGAUUUGAAAUGGCUAGCUAGUUAGCGGGUACGCGCUAGUAGCAUUUCAAUCAGUUACGUCACUUGCUCUGAAACCUAGAUGUAGUGUUGCCCCUUGCUCUUGUAACGGAUGUGAAAUGGCUAGCUAGUUAGCGGGUGCGCGCUAGUAGCAUUUCAAUCAGUUACGUCACUUGCUCUGAGACUUAAGUAGUGUUGCCCCUUGCUUUGCAAGGGCCGCGGCUUUUGUGGAGCGAUGGGUAACGACUGUGCUUCGUGGGCGACCGUUGUUGAUGUGUGCAGAGGGUCCCUGGUUCGCGCCCGUGUCGGGGCGAGGGUACGACGUAAAGUUAUACUGUUACAUUGAUGCUGUUGACCCGGAUCACUGGUUGCUGCGGAAAAGGAGGAGGUUGAAAGGGGGGUGAGUGUAACGGAUGUGAAAUGGCUAGCUAGUUAGCGGGUGCGCGCUAGUAGCAUUUCAAUCAGUUACGUCACUUGCUCUGAGACUUAAGUAGUGUUGCCCCUUGCUUUGCAAGGGCCGCGGCCUUUGUGGAGCGAUGGGUAACGAUGCUUCGUGGGCAACCGUUGUUGAUGUGUGCAGAAGGUCCCUGGUUCGCGCCCGUGUCGGGGCGAGGGGACGGUUUAAAGUUAUACUGUUACACUCUGUAAGGGCCGCGGCCUUUGUGGAGCAAUGGGUAACGAUGCUUCGUGGGUGACUGUUGUUGAUGUGUGCAGAGGGCCCCUGGUUCGCGCCCGGGUCGGGGCGAGGGGACGUACUAAAGUUAUACUGUUACACCUCUCUCUCCCUCUGCCCCUGCCCCCUGCCUGCCUCUCUCUCUCUCUCUCUGCCUCUUUCCACUUCUCUUUUCAGAAUACCCAGUGACCCUCAUCCCUCCAUAUUUCUCUAUCGGUAUCUGUCUGUGUAUUAUCAGCCUAUGGAAUGCAUUUCCUCCAGGUAGUAUAUAGCUGCAGUGACAUGCCACUCCUGGCAGUCAACCAUUGAACUGGAGCCAACUGGGAUGAUGGAAUAGGAAUGAAUGCAUAAGUGUUCACAUGAUGCCUGAGGAGAUGGCACAUCUAACAGUUAGCAUCUGAAUUAUCAUGAGUUACAGCUAAAGCAGAGUGUCUGGUCUUCUCUGCUCCCUUGCUGUAAUGGCCAAUUAUCCGUCCUCCUAAUGCGCCUGACAUUAGGUGCCUAAUAGGCCCAGGUUACAGGUGUAGAACAGUAAUGGAGAGUGUUCCCUUCUACACAUUCAACUGUUCUAAAGCUGUACUUCAAGUAGACAUCGUGUGUGUGUGUGUGUGUGUGUGUGUGUGUGUGUGUGUGUGUGUGUGUGUGUGUGUGUUGAAAGGGAGGCAGAGAGACUUUGUCCCAUGAAUGGGUGCGCUCGUCUCAGCCAGCUAACAGCAGGAGCCUCCCUUCUGCAGACUCUGGUCACUGAACCAGCUUGUAAACGUGUGUGUGUACUUGCCAAGCGGGGGAUCAAGGAUCAAUUGCCUGUUAAGGAAGAGUUUACUACGUGCAUUUUGCUGAGGAGUUGAACUAUAACUUGGUGAGAGGCAGAGCUGAUCUUGUCUGCUUCUGGAGCCUUGUAAUUCUUUCUGCUGCACAUUACAAGGUGAGGCGUUACAGCCAGCAGCUGAAGGAGUGUUGAGCAUGGUGGAGACUGUCCCCCCUAAAUCGGCUAAGAAGCCCCACUGGACCUCUCUGGAGAUCGGGCUGCUCACCAUCGUCUCCCUCCUCUUCAUCGUAAUAUUGUCCCUCAUCAUCCUCUUCGCCACAAAGAGGACUGACAGUGAUGGUGUCUGCACCACGGCGGACUGCACUCAGGCAGCGUCUCGUCUGAUAGAGAACAUGGAUGCCAAUGUGGACCCAUGUGACAACUUCUACCAGUACGCCUGUGGAGGCUGGUUGAAGAAGAACGUCAUCCCAGAGACCAGCUCCCGAUACAGCACCUUCGACAUCCUACGAGACGAACUGGAGGUGGUCCUCAAAGAUGUUUUGGAGAAAAGCGUGGAGGGGGAGGCCAGUGCCCUCACUAAAGCCAAGACCCUCUACAGAUCCUGCACCAAUGAGAGUCAGAUUGAGAAAAGGGGCGGAGCUCCUUUACUAGACAUGCUCCCUAAUGUAUUUGAGUGGCCAAUAGCAACAGACAACUGGGAGAGCGUCUAUGGUGAAAGAUGGAAGUUGGAGGAUGCCAUUGCCAUACUAAAUGAAAAAUACGGAACUCAUGUCUUGGUUAAUUUUUUUAUCGGCACUGAUGACAAAGACUCCAAUUCACACAUCAUUCAUUUUGACCAGCAAACCAGCCUUGGCCUCUUAUCCAGAGAUCACUAUAGCUGUACUGGGUCCUAUGCAGAGCCAUGUAGAGCAUACAAGCAGUUCAUGAUAGACGUGGCCAAGCUGAUCCGCACCGACCGCAGCCUGGUGGUCAACGAGACCCAGAUCAGAGACGAGGUCACCAGGGUCAUUGAGCUGGAGAAGGACAUCGCCAAUGCCACGGAUACUCCAGAGGACCGUAACAACCCAGUUCUCCUCUACAACAACAUGGAGCUGGGUGUUCUCAAUGCUAACUUCAGCCUGGAGGUCGACACACAAGUGUUUAACUGGAGUGACUUCACCAGGAAGAUCAUGGGGACGGUCGGCAUCACUGUGCUUGACACAGAGAGUGUCAUCAACUACGCACCAAACUACUACAGACGACUCAACCCCGUCCUGGCCAAGUACACUAAGAGAGACCUGCAGAAUUACAUGGUGUGGCGUUUUGUCAUGAACAUGGUGGUGGGUCUGAGCAGGCAGUACAGGGACACCAGGAAAGCCUUCCGCAAGGCGCUGUACGGUACCACGUCGGAGGCAGCGGUGUGGCGGCAGUGUGCCAUCUACGUCAACAACAAUAUGGACAACGCAGUAGGAAGACUGUACGUAGAGGAGGCCUUCUCUGGGGAGAGCAAAGAACUGAUGGAAGAGAUGAUCUCUGUGAUCCGGGAGGUGUUCAUCAGUAACUUAGACCACCUAAGAUGGAUGGAUGUAGAGACCAAGAAGGCUGCUGAGGAGAAGGCACAAGCUAUCCGAGAGCGGAUUGGCUACUCCAACAACAUCAAGAAUGACACCUACCUGAAUAACGAGUAUAAAAAUUUGAGCUACAGCGCAGAGGAGUACUUUGAGAAUAUCCUUCAGAACCUGGAGUACAUACAGAAGAAACGUCUGAGGAAGCUACGGGUCAAAGUCAACAAAGAAGAAUGGGUAACGGGAGCAGCCAUUGUCAAUGCUUUCUACUCUUCAAGCAAAAACCAAAUAGUGUUUCCAGCAGGCAUCCUACAGCCUCCGUUCUUCGGUAAAGGCCAGACCAAGUCUCUGAAUUUUGGCGGUAUCGGCAUGGUGAUCGGACAUGAGAUCACUCACGGGUUCGAUGACAACGGUCGUAACUAUGAUAAAGAUGGUGACCUGAAGGAUUGGUGGACGCCAACCUCCACCCAGAACUUUGUGAAUCUGUCCAAGUGCAUGGUGGACCAGUAUGGAAGCUUCUCCUGGGACCUGGCCAACGGACUGAAUCUCAAUGGGAAUAACACUCUGGGAGAGAACAUUGCAGACAACGGUGGGAUUCGCCAGUCGUACCAGGCCUACCUGAACUAUGUGGAGAAGAAUGGGAAUGAGCCUCUCCUGCCUGGAAUAAACCUCAACCAUCAACAACUCUUCUUUCUCAACUUCGCUCAGGUGUGGUGUGGAACACAUCGACCACAACAAGCUGUCAACUCCAUCAAAGUAGAAGUACACAGUCCAGGGAAGUUCAGGGUCCUGGGGUCUCUCCAGAACUUCCCAGAGUUUGCCAAGGCCUUCAACUGUCCCAAGAACAGCUACAUGGUGCCUGACAAUAUCUGCCGAGUCUGGUGAUACUGUAGUCUUGACACUAGCCUGCCCUGAGGCUGGUAGGGGGUGAGAUGUGGGCUUGUGUCCUCUUCCCCUUCCUAACCACCUCACCUUUCCCACUGACUGUUAGAGCACUAGUCUGGAACAGGGGUAUGUUCUAUGUUCCCUGCAGGGUGGACCAGGACUGCUACACUGACUAUAGAACAAACAGAUUCAAUGGACUACAGAGUGCUGUUCAUAGCAAGCUCCCAGACUCUUCACCAGAUCAGCCAGGUCACUGCUUUCCACGGGUGGCAGUCACGUCAAUUCACAAUCUUAUUUUUUGUGUUUUUUUUGUUUGAAAAUGUACUUUUCAAUUAUACUUAUUUCCCCCGCUGCAUUUCAAUCAUGAUUAAUUAUUUUAUUUGUAUACAAAGUGUGAGACUAAUUUGAGCAUCUUGAACAACAGACCAAUAUCCACUUAUUCUAAACUGUAGCUCUGUUUGUCCCAAAUUCUAUUUGUUUUACACUAUGAGGUGGGCCUCAAUAUAAACCAAAAUGUACACUGUAUAUCAAUACAUUCUAGAUCAAUAUACGUUGACAGUAAUCAAUAGUCACACUAGGGGGAUUCUAUUUUAUUGUAUAUUUAAGAAAAUCACAUUUUAUUUGACUGAAUAUACACCAAUGAGUAUAAUAAGCAUUUCAUAAUGUUUUUCUGUAUAUGUUAAAUGUUUCUAAAUGGAUUUCAACUAUUUAUAUCUACAAGCAUUGCACCAAAAAUGUAAGUUGUUGCCUUGGAAUCAGUUGGGUGACUUAGCUGGUCUGGAAUUGACUUGCAUCAAACAUAUUGCUUUUUUUAUUUUACAGCAAGAAUGUGACCUCGAUUCAAACUGCUCUGUCCAGCAGAGGAGGCUGGUGGGAGGAGCUAUAGAAGGACGGUCUCAUUACAAUGGCUGGAAUGGAAUCAUUGGAAUGGUACCAAACACGUGGAAACAACGUUUCACUCCAUUUCCUUUUUAUUGCAUUCCAACCAUUACAAUGAGCCCGUCCUCUUAUAGCUCCUCCCACCAGCCUCCUCUGGUGUUCAGUAUGUGUGUUUUUGUAUUUUUGAUGUGUGUUUUUAUCCGGAUGUAACCACUACAUUUUUCAACAAACUGAUGAAGCCUUGCAUGAACCAUGGUGCUACUGCUGUUUGUGUGUGUGUGUGGGGGUGCUGAGGAAGUCAGGUUUGUAGCUGAACCCCCCCCCCCCCCCCUCCCCCCACACACACUGUUUACGCCAAAGAUUUAAAAAAAAAUCACAGACACGGCAAGCAAAACAUGUCCUUGUUGAUUUUCAUCAUUCGCACGGUGUCUUUAAGGUACAGAUUUACUAAGUGUUAAGUUUUUGUCUCUUUAUUCCUUUCUGGGAGAAUAUUUGCGCCUGUUACGGUGUUUGGUAUAUCCUGGUUUGAAACACACUCUCCUGUUAGCUUUUCUAUGUAAGGGGAAAUGAGGUUCAGUCCACAAUGUGUCAUGGGACUCAAAACAUGCCAUUUCUCAACAAUGCCGCCCGUUUAUGUUGCCAUGUCCACUCACACAGCUUUCUAUGUGCAUGUUCUCCCUCCUACACACAUACACACAACCAUCUCACCUGUAGAACGACAGACGGAUAUACCUCAGUUGCCUGUAUUUACAUACUUUGUAAUAAAGAAAAUCACGAUGA